AUGCAGACCGAGCGAGGGAAUUCAGAGAAAACCCUCACGGCGCUUCAUGGCGGAGAGCGGGAGUGGCGGGAACGCGUGGAGCCGCGCGGCGGCAGCUCGGAAGGCCGCGCCGCCCCAUCCGCGCCCCCCACCGCCCCAGGCGGCCGGCCGCGCAGCACGUGCUGCAAAGGGCCGCGCGGCCCCGGAGCGGCGGCGCUCAGCGCUCAGCCCGCAGCCGAGGCCCCUCCGGCCCCCGACGAGGACGCGGCGCUCCCCUCCGUCCUGCUGUUCCGAGCGCUGCCCGCAGAACAGCGAGCGGAAGGCGGGGCGUGGGGGCAGCAAACGCCGACGCGCGGCUGCGGGGGCGCCCGACGGCGAUGCCCGCCCGAAAGGACGGCGGGCCGGGGCCGCACCGCGGCCUGCAGGGACCGAAGGGUUACAGCCCGCCAGGCGGCGGGGCCCGCUCCCGCACGGCCUCCCUCUGCCCCACGAGGCCGGCACCCACCUGGGCCAUCCCCGGCGUCCCGGCCUCUCCUCUACGAGAGGUGGUGGUGGGAAGGCGAACUCGGCCGCCUCACGAAAGCCGCCCCCCGCUCCGAGCCGCCAUCGCCUCGGCCGCCAUCUUUAAACUCCUGCUCCGAGCGGCUCCGCGGGGCGGGACUCUCCCCUCCGCCAGCCAAUGGCGUCUCACGUCUCAUGCGUCUCGAAUUUGAAAUCCUGGUUGCCAUUGACAGAUUCGCGAGCACGUUAAAUAGUUCGGCCAAUAACGACGCAAGAAGCACACGCCCUUACGAAGCCCGACCAAUGAAAGGGGACAGGGGGCGGGACCGAGGCGGCGGGAGGGCGCGGCCGGCCGUGACGGGAGCGGGGCCCGGCCGGGUUCCUUUGUCCGCAGCCGGGAGGAGCCGCGCGGCGCCGCUGCGCCGUCAUCGCUUUAUGCGACCGGGGCGGGAAGCGGCGCCGGCAGCACCGAGCCGUGCUGGAGGGGCUCCGGGCCGGGCUGCAGGGGGCCGCAGCCGCGAAGCCUCCCAGCUCCGUUCACAGCUCCCACAGCGCGGGGCGUCUCACGCUUUGUGCCCCCGCUGUGCGGGAGGGAGGAAGUUUGCGCGUCAGGACAAACAAUUGCUGCCAGCGCAAAACACCGAAGAGUCAAUAAUGGAAAUCACCGCUGGCUUCCUAAGAAGUGAACGGGCUGCACCCGUUGCGGUAAGAAUGAGGCGGAGUCGAUGCUCCGCGCUCUCAGUGAGCAUCAAAACCGCAGCACACAGCCUUCUCUAGUCCAAGUAACACUCCAACUGCAGCUACAUAAAUUGGAAGCCUGCAACAGCUCUCAAACACAAACUUAAAUAUAGUGCAAUUAAAAAUGUAAU